AUGGUCGCCUCACGAGCGGAGGAAGAAAGGGGGUGGGGGGAUGCGCCAGGGCCGCGGCGGCGCCUCGCGCUCCGCCGCCUCGGGGGGAGCCCGGGCGCGGCCCCCCCGCCCGCCGCCCCCCGGCCCCCCGCGCGCACCCCGCGGCCUCGCGCCCCGCCGCCACGUGAUGAGGCGGCCGCGCCGCCGCGCGCCCCUCUCGCCGCUCCGCAUCGCGGGCGAGCCGCUGUCCGCUACCGCCGCUCGGUCCCCGCCGCGGCUCCUCGCCCGCACCGCCGCCCCCCCGCCCCGGCGCGGCCCGGGCCGGCCGCCACCCGCUCCGCGGCGCCGGGCGGCUGUGGGGGAGGGCAUGUAAACAAAUGGGGUUUUAUAGCUACCUCACUCGAGUGCCGUGUGCAUCUCCCUCUCCGCUCGGUACCAAACCGCCGCGGCGCCUCCUCCUCCUCCUCCUGCCGCUCCGCCGGCGCUAUUCACAGAGCCGGCUACGCCGCGCUCGCCCUGCACACGCGGCCCCGCAGCCCGCGCUGCCCAAUGCGCAGCCAUUUCCUCCAGCGCUACGAAAGUGGCGUAGCGGCCCUCCCCGCCCGCCCCUCGCUGCGGCGGCUCCGCGCACGACCCGGCCAUGGCCGCCGGGCCCGGGAGCGCCGGAGGGAGCGCCGCGGGCCCGGGGCAGCGCAGCCAUGUCCCGGCCGAGGGACCCCGGCCCGGGCUGCUCGAGGGGAGCGGGGCCCGCGGGACCGGGGCCGAGCUGCUGCCUCUGCAGCCGCCUGGGGAGACGGUCCGUCAGCAACAACGGGGUAUUCGUACCUUCCUAUGGAGGUACCUUCCUACGGGGGUACCUUUCGGGGCCGAGCGUCAGACAAUAGAACAUCAACUAUCAAAGAAUUACGAGAGUUGUUUCAGGCUCUGAAGAAGACUUUUGCUCCUUCAGUGGGUCACUGGAAUUGGUCUGUAUCAAAAGAGAUAUAAGCACGCUUUUGAAGAAGUGCUUAAUCGUUUUUCAUAUGACAGAUCUGGCUUUCUCAGUGGCAGCUGGUGCUAUCACAUUCUGGUUAAGCUGACACAGAGAAACAUAAAGACACCUCUCAUGAGAGCAAGGAGUUCUUCUGGUGCUCCUGAAAUAUCUCAUCCUGGCCACAAGUUUUAGAGGAGCCCUACAACAACUGACACUGCUUCUUCACCUCAUCAGACAGGACUCCUCAUCUCCAUGAAGCAGCCUGUAAAAGCCUACUUUUUGCUGCUCCUUGGAGCAGUCAGGCUGAGAUCCUCUGCAGUCCUCUGCGGUUAAGGAAGAUGGUGUGAAAAAGAAGCCACAGAGGGAGCACCUGUGCAACUAGCAGGAGGAAAUGUUGUUUUGGGAAUAGAAGAAUUAAUUGCUAGAUGUUAUGGCCGUGUGGAAAAUUAGGUCACCCUAAUUUUUCGUACUAUUUUAAGGGCAGGUAACUAAUCACAAAGCAGUAGUGUAAUAAGGUCAGAGCGUUUUUAUGGGGCUGUUAGACAAGUCACAGACACAGACACAAGUGGGAGAGCUCCCAGGAUGUGAGCUUAGCAAAGGAGCAGCUCAGCAAAAGUUUUGCUCAGUAUCCUACCAUAUCAACACUUUAUGCAUUUUCUGAUUAAUCAUAAAAUCUCAUCCAGCUGACUUCCAAAGCCAACUGGAUCAGGUAGCCCUCUGUUCCUUAGACACAGAGCCCCUCCCUGUCCUUCUCCAACAGAAAUUCUCCAGGAAAUGUCUGAUGUAAACCAUGCCAAGGUGCCACCAGGCUGGAUUUUUUGCUACAGUUUUAGUAUUUCUCUGGAUUUGACUUGUUCCUUACAAUGACAAUUAUUUUGGUUAUACAAAACAUCUGUCCUAUCUUUUCUCCUUGACAUGUAGAAGUUUGAACACUGCUGUAUUUUACUGGAUUAUUUUCUCCUUUUUUUUUUCUUUUCUUCUUUUUAAAUUCUGUUUUGACAGCCAAUCAAUUUUUUACCUCCCUUUGAAGAAGUUACUCAAAAGGAUAGGAACACAUGAGCUAACUUCAGGGAUGGUAAAGGAGAGGUAUUUUUAGAGUAAGGGGAACACAAAAAAGAACUGGUUUAUUUAUUGUAAAAAGUUGUGGAGGUCCUUAGCUUUGAGGCAGGCUGAUGGCAUGUCUGCCACACUCAUGACAGACACUUCAAAGUGCAGAGACAGUCUACAGCACUUCAAGGAAUUUCCCACUCUUCAAAUAAUGCUGCAGAAGAAACACUCAAGUACAAGGCAGCACAGCAUUGCAGAAAAUCCAGGUGGGAUGUUUAACAAACCUAGUUUUAUGAAGUAGGGGAAUUCCAUUAGGAGUGUGGACUAUUUGUUUUAACACAAUCAUUCAUUGGGAUAAGAGAAGUAGAACUUGCUCUGUAGGUUUGUAAUUGCUGAAAUUAACUGUGGCUCAUCACUCUCUGCAGUACUAUACCAAUUUACUGUCCUCUUUUAUCUCAAUUACUUUCUGUGUGUGUCUUUUAUUUCUCUAUUAAACUUCAGUAAUUGUAACACUGUGGUAAUAACAUUGACACACUCAGUAUUAUAUGAUGGGCUAUUUUACAUUACUCUGACUGCCUUAUUUACAUUAUAAUUAUUAGUGUCUAUAUAAAUGUGACUCAUUGAACUAAUAAAGUUUUCAGACAACUGCCA